GAAAGUACUAGUCGGAGGUGUUUUUAAGUUGAACGGCAACUUCCGGCAUAAGACUAGAUAGCGAAAGGUGAUAGUACCUGUGUUUGGUUCUGAAUUAUAUGACACUUGUUUUAGUUUUUAGACAGAAACUGCACAGUGUGAACAUUUACAGCGACAGACAAUGCACAAUUAUGUCGAAUCUUGGCCCUAAAACAGGUGUUUUUUGACCAGCUCGCUGUCGUUUGCGGCUAGCUAACCGGCUAGCUUGCUCAGCUGACGCUUGUCACUUGGAGACGGACACCCAGAAGCUGGACGCCUGGUAUCGGGCGUUUACCCUGUGAAGCUUCACCAGCUUAGACCAGGAACAUCUCUGUUGGGGCUGUAGAGGAGACGAGCCCUUUUUCAUGUGAUCACUGUGGCUUGUUUCUACAUUUUAAUGGGAGGCCGCUUCCUUUGGAGGAGUGGACAUUACGGGCGUCAGCUGCGAAGGAAGCGGAGGUCCUGGCUGCCUGUCGGGCUCAGAUGGAGUCUCUGGCCGGCUACGUGUACAAGGCAGCCAGUGAGGGCCGAGUCCUGACCCUGGCCGCAUUGCUACUCAACCACUCCGAGUCGGAGACCCAGUUUUUGCUGGGCUAUGUAACCCACCUCGCCGGCCAGAGGUCCACCCCACUGAUCAUCGCGGCGCGGAACGGACACGAUAAAGUGGUCCGUCUGCUCUUGGACCACUACAGAGUGGACACUGAACAGACCGGCACGGUUCGGUUUGAUGGCUAUGUCAUUGACGGGGCCACAGCGCUGUGGUGUGCUGCUGGAGCGGGCCACUUUGAAGUGGUGCGCCUGCUGGUCAGUCACCAUGCUAACGUUAACCACACCACCAUCACCAACUCCACUCCCUUGCGGGCCGCCUGCUUCGAUGGACGUUUGGACAUUGUCCGCUACCUGGUGGAACACAAUGCAGACAUCAGCAUCACAAACAAGUUUAACAACACCUGCCUGAUGAUCGCUGCCUACAAGGGCCAUGUGGAUGUAGUAAAGUUUCUUUUGGAGCAGGGGGCAGAUCCAAAUGCCAAGGCACACUGUGGAGCCACUGCCCUGCAUUUUGCAGCUGAGGCUGGUCAUCUAGAAAUUGUAAAAGAGCUAAUGCACUGCCAGGCAGCAAUGGUGAUGAACGGACAUGGCAUGACGCCGCUGAAAGUCGCUGCAGAGAGCUGUAAAGCUGAUGUGGUGGAGCUGCUGCUGGCACACGCUGACUGUGACGCUCAUAGCCGCAUUGAGGCCCUGGAGCUGUUGGGAGCCUCUUUCGCCAAUGACAGAGAGAACUAUGACAUACAGAAGACCUAUCACUACCUACACAUGGCCAUGAUGGAACGCUACCGUGAUCCAGAUACUGUCAUUGUCAAGGAGUUGUUGUCACCCAUUGAGGCCUAUGGGAGACGUGGUGAGUGUCAAACGCUCCAAGACCUGGAGGCCAUCCGAGUGGACCGGGAUGCUCUGCACAUGGAGGGGCUUAUGAUCCGGGAGCGUAUCUUGGGCUCAGACAAUAUUGACGUGUCACAUCCCAUCAUCUAUCGUGGUGCUGUCUAUGCUGAUAACAUGGAGUUUGAACAAUGCAUUAAACUGUGGCUUCAUGCCCUUCGCCUGCGUCAAAAAGGAAACAGGAACACACACAAAGACCUGCUGCGCUUUGCUCAGGUGUUCUCCCAGAUGGUCCACCUAAAGGAGCAUGUGCUAGCCUCUUCUGUCGAGCAGGUGUUACGCUGCAGUGUCCUGGAGAUUCAGCGCAGCAUGGCUCGAGUCGAAGUGGCAGGUGAAUCUGAGCUGCCGCAGGCCAUGGACAAUUAUGAGUCAAAUGUUUUUACCUUUCUGUACCUGGCCUGCAUCUCCACCAAGACAACCUGCAGUGACGAGGAGCGCGCCAGUAUCAACAAGCACAUCUACAAUCUAAUCCAGCUGGACCCACGGUCACGUGAGGGCUCUUCGUUGCUACACCUGGCUAUUAGCUCCAGUACGCCGGUUGACGACUUCCACACCAAUGAUGUUUGUAGCUUCCCCAACGCCCAAGUCACCAAACUGCUGCUGGACUGCGGUGCGCAGGUCAACGCGGUUGACCAUGAAGGCAACACCCCGUUGCAUGUCAUUGUCCAGUACAACCGACCCAUCAGUGACUUUCUAACGCUACAUGCCAUCAUAAUCAACCUGGUGGAGGCAGGUGCUCACACUGACAUGACCAACAAGCAGAAGAAGACACCGCUAGACAAGAGCACCACAGGAGUGUCAGAGAUCCUGUUGAAGACACAGAUGAAGAUGAGCCUCAAGUGCCUGGCAGCGCGCGCCGUCCGACACCACCAAAUCACCUACCACAACCAGAUUCCAAAAACGCUGGAGGAGUUUGUGGAGUUCCACUGAAACAGACCUCAGAGCUGAAGCUCAGCAUGAAUGAAGGACAGACUUCUGUCUUUUUAAAGUAUUUCUAAGCAAUCCAGAUCAUGCGGAGCAUGAUGGUGUGGUACUAAAAGAUUUUGAGCAAUUUUAUAUAAAAUGUGUUUUUGUUUUAGGUUUUAAUUGCAAAGUAACUGCUGCCAUGGAGGGACGAAAGGCAGUCUGUCUGUCUGCAUCUCUGUGGCUGGUGGGCAGAUAGUCACUGCUGAAGCUCAUUUACUGCAACACAUCAGAGGAAAACAACGGGCCAGCAGCUGCUCUCUGAAGGUCUGGCAGAGGCCUGCAGUAGGUUUUUGCGGUGAGAGGACAGUAGUGACGCUGCCCUGCCUGCCUCUUAUUUUGCCUUAUCUCCAUGCCAGGGAACUGUCAUGUACGCCAUUUAACUGUGAUUCUGCAGUCUGAGAGAAUGAGAGAGUGGGAUGGAGAGAUUAUCAGACAGAGACAGAAUGAGUGCCUGCAGGGGAACCAACAUACAAACCAAACUCACCCGCUUUCAAUGUAUUCAUCUCACAAUUCAGCUGUCACACAUUAUUUUUAUAUGAAAAGUUUCUACUGGGUUUAUUUUUACUGUAACGGCAGCAGUGGAGCAUUAAGAGAAGAUGCUGAAAAGACAGAAUUAGGAAAUGAAAUCUGACUGUCUGAUAUAAUUUAUACUAACAAUCAGAUUCUUGGUUUGAUGUUUGAAGUAAUUUUAUUUUGAAAAAUGUACUGGUAAGCUUUUGGGGAAGAUAUGUUUUUCCUCUUGGCCAUUUUCACUGAAAUGACACUAGAUGGCCAAAACUAUGCAGGCAGCCCUAUCUGUAUGCUUUGAUGGCAGUUUUGUCUGGAUAAACAUUUUAGAAAGCCAGCACAUUAACAUAGUUGCUAUUUUUCCAACAAAAACAAAGGAAGUGAGCAAAGCCUCCUACAUCUUAGAGUAACUAAACAUAUCUAUGCCCAUUAGAUUAUCUGAAAAAAUGUGUGAAGCCUGGUGUUUCUACUUUUUAGCUCAAGAAACAUUGUAUAGUUUUCAUAGGACUGCGAUGUUUUUUCAGUAUGCGAUGCAAUAUAUACCAAAAUCUGAAACCGCAGCAGUGGAGAAUGUUCUAAUAGCAUACUGGUGCAGCGUUCAGAUGUCCACAUACUUUUGGCCUCGUAGUUUGCUUUUUCAAAUAGUUCAAAAUAUAUUGACCAGAUUCCCUCAGAACGACUAGCUAGGACUAAGAUUUAGAUAAAUACUCUGCGCUUGCUGAUGCGUGUUUUUAUUUUGAAAGAUGGAUCUGAGGACAUCAGCACAUGGACCGUCAUCUCUAAACAGUUGAGGACUACACCAAGUGGUUUGCAUUUCUCAUAGUGCAGCUACGCCUUUUGCUGUCGCCCUGGUUUUUGUCUUCAGUAUGUCUGCAAACACCUGAGAUUUUAUUACUCAGUCUGCAUGAUGUCACUAAACAUUCAUUCUCAAAACGUGCUUUGUUGUUUUUCUGGGCCUGCCUAUUCAAGUCGAUCACAUUUUGGAUCCCGUCUAACUUUUUCUGUUGCUUGCAGUGUUUUCUAUAUUUUAGACCAGGGCUCAGGGUCUUCUUUUAAAUGUAUCCCUCACACCCUAAUCUAUGUUUUUCCACAGGUUUUUUGAGGGCCAACAUCUAAAAUCCAUGACAACCUUUAACUUCAACAAACCAGUUGUUUGGUUUUAUUAGUGAUUCAUUUGUUGAUCAGUUUCUCAAGUAAUUGUUUAGUCUGGAAAAUGACAGAAAAUUGUGAAAAAUGGUUUUUAUAACAACCUAAAGCCCUACUUAGAUUACAUCACUUAAAUUGUUAAAAAAAAAAAAGGGCACGGUUUCCUGGUUCAGUAAGUCAAGAAAAUGUUUGAUAUCUAUUUUCUCUUGGAAAGGAUCCCCGUAAGUUGCAUAUUGACACUUUGUAAGUCAAUGCAUCCAAUAAUCCAGCAGUUUUUUUUUUUUUUUUUUUAAUUUUGUGAAUGGCACUGUUCAGUUCAUUGUUUUCUAUUCUUUUGUUUUGAAAAACCAUCCAUAAACACAAAUUGUUAAGGAAGGAGAAAGGAUAUUAGUCAGGAGAUAAAAAUAAUCACAUUUAUGUUUGAUAUAAAGUUAACAGCUGUUCCUUUAAGUUUUCUACCAAUCUGUAAAAUGACACAAUCUGUUGGGACAAAAAAAGAAAUGUUGCACUUUUUGAAAAUGGACCAUUACAUGUCCAGACCGUGUCAUGUCUGCCUGUUAGAUAAGGAACUGCAGCCGUUUUUGCUUGUCUUGGUGUAGACUGGAUAGGAGUAAUGUCCAUCCUGGUUCUGUCCUAAGGUUGAACAUACAAGAAGUAUUUUUUGUAAGUAGUGACCCGUUGGGGGAGAUUGAGUUACUUUUAAACAGAUGCUAAGCUAAGCUAACCAGCUGAUGUCUGUGGCUUUAUAUUUACAGUAAAAAUAUGACUGGUAUUGAUUAAAAUACUAAGUAGAAGAAGAGGAUUUCACUAUUUUCAUCAUCUAUUCUUCUGUACAUUAUUUUUAUGUUUAAAUCACAGAUUUUUUUUUCUUUUGUCCAACAGUCCAACCCUAGAAACAUGCAAUUUUAAAUGAUAUACAAGAAAGCAAAGCAGCAUCUCCAUCCUUGCAGCGCUGAUUCUCUGGUUUCAGUUCCUAAUUGUGAACAUUUGCUGCUGUUCUGUUUUAUUGUUGUACUUUUUUUUUUUUUUUUUUGGACCGCUGUUCAAAAAAAGUUCUUUUUUCACUGUUGGAUAUAUUAAUGGACAUUCCCCACAUUUUGUACUAUUUAUAGACUGAAGAAUGACUUGAGAAAUGUCAUUGCUGUGGAGGAAAAUCUUUAGCUGCAGCCUUAAGUAAUACGGCAUGUCGCUGAAAGUUCUAGUUUCACUUUACUGACAGGCUGUUGAUUGUCAAGGUUGUGACGGAGCACCUCUACUCUUGAUAGGGAACAUCUGGAUAAGUUUGUUUUUUUUCACUGUAUCCACCACAAGUGUUUUUUGUUUCUUUAAGGUGCACCUUGUCACAGUCGGACUGUCGUUUGACUUCAGCUUUCAAUAAAACCUUUAAGUGUGGGAUCGAAUGAGUAAACUGCAGGAAAUACUAAAUAAGCUGUUUGUGAACUUCCAGUCUCUGUACGCAUGAAUUUAUUUGGUUUGCUUCAGGCGUAAAAUGAAUCAUAAUUUGGCAACUCUUGGCCUAUUGGUCACUUUGUUUUCUUCGGAUACUGGUACUGCUGAAUCCAACGUUGGGAAUAUCUCAUAAUCCGGCAUUGAAAGUUCAGGUGGAAUUGUUUCAUGUCCCAUUUUUGUUUAGCAUUCUGAAGCUGGUCCUAUGAUAGAAAUAGACCCACCAUUAAACAUUAACAUUACUCCAGUUCAUUGCUUUUGUUGACCAUGUUCUGGGCAUCGCUGGGGGGUGGGGACUUCUGCUUGAAUGUUUUAAGGUUUGAUGUGAUAAUGUGCCAUUCAGUGCUGAUUUUAUUUUGAGCACAAAGGUUUUUAUGUAAAAAUGCAGGAGCGUUUUUGUCCUGAUGGGAAGCUGGGAGCUUUUGAGUUUUAAACCAGGUUUCUGUGGCUGAAAUGAAGCCAAAGGUUCUCCAUGUGUCAAGAAACUUUAGAAGAUGUCAUCUGUUGUGUACUGUCUGCAGAAUGAAUGCUGCCAAAUUAAAGGUCUUCUAUCCGCCUUUAAUGUCCUCUUAUUGAUUUGCUCUCCAGAAGUGAAUUUGAACAAAAGCUACUAAAGGGAGCAUGUUGACAGCUUUAAAAGAAUCAAAAAUGUUGGUGCACUCUGGUUAAAAGCCUGGCAGCUACGUUCUGUGCCGUGUGAAGUUGAUUAAUAGAUUAACCAAAUUGUUAUACUGUAAUAACUUUUUAUUAAUAUAACAAUGUACUUGAAGACCAUAUUUUGCAUCUGCAUUCUGCUUCUUACUUUUCUUCUUACCUUUCACAGCUGCAAAUAUUGUCUUACCAAGGCUGGGUUCUUAUGGAGGACUUGUACAGUAUACGUUAGAAAUGAGUCCACCCCUGUCCAAUAUCAUUUACAUUUUGAAUGAUUUGAAAUUGUCACCUCUGAAUGCAUUAUUUGUAAGGUUAAAUGUGAAGUAUUUCCUCUUAUGUCAAAAUAAAAGUUAUUUUACUAUAUGAUUUACUAUAUUAAAAUGCAGGUUGGAACUCAAUGCAA